GGAACGCGGGGCCGCGGCCCGCGCAGCCGCCCGGACGGGGAUCGCUGCCGGAGCGCGCUGCGCCGCCCCGGGCUCGGCUUCUUUCCGGCUCUGGCGGCGGCAGGGACGGAGACCGGGCGGCUCGGCCGGCCGCUCCCCCUCCCCCCCCGCCCGGUUGGGCUCCCUCGGCGGCGGGGACGGGGACGGCCGCUGGACGCGGCGCAGAGGGGCUCCGCCUAUCACAGCACAGCAACAUCAACAUCCUCGGGCCUGGCCAUGCCAGAGAUCCCUGUCACUGGGGGAGGCUUCUCUGUCUGAACUCUGCUGUCUCCCUGCUUGCAGCCAGUGGUGAAGUCUUCAGAAAAUGAAUGCUUAAUGGAUAAGGAUUAAUGGGAAAAGGCCGAGAAGUGAAAGAAUAUAAGAAUAGCCUGGUCACCUCAGCAUGGAUCAGUCUGGGUCUCGUGCAGGGGGAGGCAGGGAGCAAGCCUCUCCUCGAGAACAUGGCAAUGGUGAGAAUGAGAGACAACGGCAGCAGGAGCGCCUUAGCAGAGAGGAGGCCUAUUACCAAUUCAUUAAUGAACUCAAUGAUGAAGACUACAGAAUAAUGAGAGACCACAAUCUUCUUGGCACUCCUGGAGAAAUAACUGCACAAGAACUACGGCGACGUUUGGAAGGAGCAAAGGAACGUUUAGCAUCCCAAACUGGUAUGGAAAAUAGGGAAGGUGAUGGCAGAAUUGUUGGAGAUUCUGAGGUUCUUGGUGAAAAUUCAAAUGGUGACUCUUUGCUAGAGUGGCUGAACACAUUUCGUCGCACAGGAAAUGCUACACGCAGUGGACAAAGCGGGAACCAAACCUGGAGAGCAGUGAGUCGGACCAAUCCAAACAGUGGGGAAUUCCGGUUUAGUCUUGAAAUCAACAUAAAUCAUGAACAUAACAGUUUUGAUGCUGCUGGUGAAGAAUAUGCAGGAUCUUCUCACACAGAUAAUAGUAGAACUAAUUUAGAAAGCAGAUUUCAAAGAGCAGUCAGUCCAGUUGCCACACGAACAAGGAGCAGGACCUCGAGAGAGAGAAAUUAUAAUUCUCCUAAUACUGCAAGGAUAAGAACUGUGAGAAGUUCAGUGGCACAAAGGGCUGGAGCAACCUCUCAUUCUGGCUUAGGAAGAUUGAGAACUAGAACUAGGGAGUCAACAGGUCUUUCCCGAACAAGCAGUGAACAUAAUUCUUUAGACAGCGGUGAGCACAGUGCUAGGCAAAGGAGAAUGCAAAGAAGAGAUAUAUCUGCAGGGGUUCAAAGAGGUAGGUCUAGAGCUAGUGUUCAGACGAGUACAAGCCAAAGACUAGAAAUCCUAAGGUUAAGAUCUACUUUAAGCAGUCGAAGCCGUUCCCCGUUGCGAAGACAAGAUGGCACUACUCCUGAAGAGCACAGUCAAAGGCAGGAUGGGAAUUUACAGCAAGUCAGUAGAAGGUCUAAUAGAAGACGUGCAGCCCAGACUCCUUCUGAGUUAGGUGAAGAACAAACAGUGGGUAACACAGAGGCUCCACAGCUUUCUAAUUCAACCCCAAUGUUAGGUGUAACUCUGGAAGAGGAGGAAUCUAGCAGACCAGUAGCUUCUGUUCGAAGGCAUCCAACAAUUACUCUAGAUCUUCAGGUAAGAAGAAUUCGCCCUGGGGAAAACAGAGAUCGGGACAGUGUUGCUAGUAGGACUCGUUCUAGAGUGGGAACAGCAGAAAACACAGUCACUUUUGAAAGUGAUAGUGGGGGUUUUCGACGUACUAUUUCACGAUCAGAACGUGCAGGUAUACGAACAUAUGUUAGUACUAUUCGGAUACCUCUUCGUCGUAUCUCAGAAACUGGACUUGGUGAACCUUCAUCAGCAGCUCUUCGAUCAAUUCUUAGGCAAAUUAUGACUGGCUUUGGAGAACUGAGUUCAUUAAUGGAGACUGAAUCAAAUUCGGAACUUCAAAGGGAUGGUCAUUUAUCAGAAACCCAGUCAGAAUCAAAUAUCUCACACACUGCAAUCAAUGACAGUGACCUGAGUGAGACAUCAAUUAGAAAUAGACACACUGAAGAAGACAGCACUGAAACGAAUGGAUGGAAUGACAGUUCUCAACGCUAUAGCGACAGUAAUGAAAACCAAGGUAACAGGCAGUCUCAAGAUGCAAACAAUUUGGUUGAAAAUGGGACGUUGCCUAUUCUUCGUCUUGCACAUUUCUUCUUGCUAAAUGAGGAUGAUGAUGAUGAGCGCUUAAGAGGUUUAACCAAAGAACAGAUUGACAAUCUUACCACUCGGAACUUUGGGGAUAUUGACUCUGAGAAUGAAAUAAGUAAAACAUGUAGUGUUUGUAUCAAUGAAUAUGUAAUAGGGAACAAGCUAAGGCAGUUACCUUGUAUGCAUGAGUUUCAUAUUCAUUGUAUUGAUCGCUGGCUUUCUGAAAAUUCCACGUGCCCCAUUUGUCGGCAGCCUGUGUUAGGGUCUAAUGCAGCAGACAAUGGAUAAAGUUAUUUAUAUAUUGUUAGGUAUUGAUGAACUUCUGCUUUAGUUAUGAUGAGCCAGAUAGGGUGAAUCAUAACUUGGAUAAGGAUACAUGUGUUUGGGGGUUUUGUUAGACUUGUUUUAACAUAUAGGAAACUUGCCUAAACUUAGCAGUGUAUAUACUAUUUUUCUCAAAGUGCAGAUCUACAGAUAGGUGUAGAACCAAAUGAUCUUAGUAAAAUUUAUAUUUUUUUAAAUAAUUUUGUUAUGCUAAGCACUUUUGUAAAUACAGAAAUGCAGUAGUUAUUCAGUCCUGCUUAAUGUAUGUUUGUUUUUAAACUGAAUAAUGGACUCACUUUAUUUAGACUACAAAUUGUUUCACACAGGCUCACUACUGUGUUGAGAAAUUGGUGUCUAAAUAGCCAUUUGUUAGUUUUUUGUUCUAAGAACAAUUUCUUUUACAGAAAGUCUCUGCUGGAUAUGUUUGCUAAAGAUAUUUAAGUUACUUGAAAUGCUCAUGUACCCCCCUUUUCCCCCCACACACACAUGUAUACUGUAUUAUGCUGUGUGUGUGUGUAUAUUAGGGCUAUGCAAAGCUUCAGUCGCUGAUUCGAUUAAGCCCAAUUCGGUGUCUGAAUUUCUGAAUCCAAUCAGGAGACCUUUUAAUCUUUCCAAAUCAUAUCAGAACCUGCCAAAUCGAUUCGGAGAGAUUCGAUGAUUCGGACAUAGACACAGCUUUAAAUAUUUUUUUCUACAUACCUCAAGGUACUAGGCAGCUUGUGAACUCUCCGCAGUGGAUCGGAAGUACUCCAGGUCCACUUCCGGGUCUGCCACCGUGCUCCUUUUGGAUGGCCCAUCUGUCCCAUUAUCUCAGUGUUCACAAGCCGCACCUGGUACCUCGAGGUAUGUAAAAAAAAGAAACAAAAAACCCCUAAAAACAUUUAAAGCUGCAUCUAUGGCCAAAUCGCUGAUUCUCCGAAUCAGCAUUGAAUCUUCAUAUUCAGAUUCGGCCUAAUCAAAUUGGGACAAUGAUUCGAAUCAACUAAUCGAAUUGCUGUCCCCUGAGUCAGGCCAAAUCCAAAUCAGAUACUAGGAGUGUGCAAAGCAGGUCAUAUAUACCCUGCAUGUAUAUAUAUGUGUGAGUGUGUACAUACGUACACACACACACACACACACAUUGAAAUUCCCCUUCUGAAAACCUUCCAGUUUGGUUCCAUGUGAACUUUCUCAUGCCAAUUUAUGCAUGUCGUUUCAGAAUGCUUAAUCUUUGAAAGUGGAUGAAUUACUGACAUGAUGAAAUGUACAUAACAAUGCAGGGUCUGACGAUCGCUGUCACUCAGCACAUCAAAUCAAACUCCAAUAUAGCUUGUCAUGUUUAAACAUAAACAUUUUGUUCAAAGAAUAAAUGAGCACGUGAUAAGUUUUUGUACUGUUCUAAAUUACUUAAUCCAACUUCAUAUUUCUUUUUAAGCUAUUUUAAUUUGAAGAGAACUUCAAUGCCUUGACCAACAUACUGUCUCUAAUAUGCAUGAUUCUGCAUUCUACUCAAAAAGUAUCGCUUUAUGUGUUUUUUGUACAAGAAUCUAACAUGUACAUGUACACUGUUAGUCUUCUUAAAGAUAACUGUCCUUGAGGACCCAAUGAGAAAAGACACUAACAGUAAAAAGACCUAAGUUUCCUAUAACCCCCCACAAAAUCCUGUAUAAGUAGUUCCUAAGCUUUAUACCAAUAACUUAAAAGAAAAAAAGAAUAAAAUUGCAGAAUGAA